UAUAGUAGGAACUUAUACACCGCUUCUUAUCAACAAGGCCAGUAUGUUAGCGUCACAGCUAAAUAUUUCGUCUCCGAGAAGAAUUGUCCGUAUUUUAUGUAUCCAUGGUUACAGACAAAAUGCUCAGUUAUUCAGAGAGAAAACAGGCUCUUUCAGAAAACUUCUCAAAAAUAAGGUAGAAUUCGUGUUUGUCAGUGCUCCUAACAAAAUUCCUGUGAAUACAGAUGAUGGUGAACAUGAAGGUAAAGACAUCAAAGAUAUUGAUGAAAGAGGUUGGUGGUUUUCAAGAGAAGACAAAUAUUUCCAUGCUCAAGAUGAAACAAAUUGUUGUAAUGGUUAUGAACAAUCAAUAGAAAUGAUUAAAAACAUCUUGAAAGAACAGGGACCAUUUGAUGGAUUAUUUGGAUUUAGCCAGGGUGCUUCUUUAGUAUCACUCUUAUGUGGAUUAAGAGAACAAAAUCCUGACGGAGACCUGAAAUUUUCAUUUGCAAUUAUGGUUGCUGCUUUUAAAAGUAAGAGUUUACAACAUCAGUCAUUGUAUGAACAAAAAGUUACCAUUCCAACAUUGCAUGUUUUUGGAGAAACAGACCGUGUCAUUCCAAAGAAUGGCCGGUCGCUUGACUGAUCAGGAGCGAGCUAAGAUAGCAGCACACUAUAAAGUGUGGAAUUCCAUUGUUUUGGUUCAUAGAUGGUGGCGUGCAUGGAAAGGUA